ACCGGUAGGUACAUGGAUGCAGACGACCCCAACUUACCAUUCAAACAUCCAACGCACUUGCAAUAAUGCGCCACUUUUCGGCUGGUUGCGCCCAUUAACGAGCCCUGCGCUUCACGACAAAGGAUUCAAUAGAUAAUUUCAGCAAAUAAUUCAUAGUUAAUCAAGUUCGCUUCAAAUUAAUUCCCAUUAUCAAACUGGUAUAAAACGCCCAAGCACAAGCCAAUAUUUAGUACUAUUCGAAACCACUAAACUACUAGUCGAAUUCAACAUGAAGUAUUUUGGGGCUGUUGCUAUCGCUCUAACAUUGGCUUUUUGCUAUGCAGCCCCUCAGCAGUCGGGCUCCAGCUCUGGCACCCAAGCUGGAACCUCUGGCCAAGCUGGAGGCUCUGGGCAGGCCGGCUUUGGCUUCGGCGUGAGCGCUGGAGCUUCAGGUCAGCUGGAUGGCAGCGGCUCUUCCGGCAAAUCGGCCUCGGGAUUGGUUAAGCGGGAUCUGACCGGCCACGCCCAUACCUCUCAGCACACGCGCACCUCCCAGACCCACACAGCCAGCUGCAAUCAUGGACCUCCACCACCCGGCAACUUCACCAACUAAGCUGCUUCCAUCGUUGCCCUAUUGUUGACAUGAUUUAAUAAAUUGCGAAAAUAUUAUA